CCUUCCUUCACAAUUAACAGUUACUCCAUAUAACCAUUUUUCCCGCACACAACAACAACACACUGACACUCUCAACGUGCAUUUCCUCAUCGGCGCAACACGACGGAACACCACCACGCCGCCGUCACUCACAGAUCCUCCGCCGCCGUCGUCGUUUUAAACACCAGUUGGUGAUUGACAAUCCCAAGACAUAGAGCUGGAGCCGCUACAAGAUCCCAAGCAAUUGAAGGCUCCGCCCGCCGCUGCCGCCACCAACGGUCAGAUCCGAUACCGAUCUCCCUCCUCCGCCGAGCUUUUCGACGGUCAGGCCACCAGCAACAACUCCCCGCCGUCGCACGCCGCUGAUCAACACGCAUCGGAGUUCGAGUCCAGCAAAAUGCUGAAGCGUCCCGGUCGCCAGGAGUCUCUCUCCGAUAAGAUCUACCGGUUUCGAGGGACUCUGCUUGUGAUCUCGAUCCCGCUCGUUCUCAUCACCUUCGUCCUCUACAUGAUGCCUUCGAGCUCCACCACGGAGUCCGUUGGAGACUACGCCCUUGUCAACCGGAAAAUUUCUCCCGAUAAAAAAUCCGGUGGCUCCUACGCCGUUAUCUUCGAUGCUGGCAGCUCUGGCAGCCGCGUCCAUGUCUUCCAUUUCGAUCAGAACCUAGAUCUCCUUCACAUUGGCAAAGAUCUCGAGCUUUUCGUGCAGCUUAAACCGGGUUUGAGUGCGUACGCUCAGAAUCCACAGCAGGCAGCUGAAUCUCUGGUUUCACUUUUGGAUAAAGCGGAGAGUGUUGUUCCUCGCGAAUUGCGAUCCAAGACACAAGUUAGAGUUGGGGCAACUGCGGGGUUGAGGGCUUUGGAAGGGGAUGCAUCUGAUAGGAUUUUGCAAGCGGUAAGAGAUUUGCUCAAGAAAAGAAGCUCAUUGAAAUCCGAGGCUGAUGCGGUUACUGUGCUGGAUGGGGUACAAGAAGGUGCUUUCCAAUGGGUUACAAUUAACUAUCUAUUGGGAAACUUGGGAAAAGAUUAUUCAAAGACAGUUGGGGUAGUUGAUCUUGGAGGUGGAUCUGUUCAAAUGGCAUAUGCCAUCUCAGAGACUGAGGCUGCCCAGGCUCCAAAAGUAACAGAUGGACAGGACCCAUAUGUCAAGGAGAUGUUCCUGAGGGGAAGGAAAUAUUACCUCUAUGUUCACAGUUACUUGCGCUAUGGUUUACUAGCUGCUCGUGCUGAGAUGUUAAAGGUUUCUGGUGAUGCUGUAAACCCUUGUAUCUUAUCUGGCUAUGAUGGAACAUACAAAUAUGGAGGAAAGCCAUUUAAGGCUUCGUCCAACCCUUCUGGGUCAAGCUUAAACGAAUGCAAAAGCAUAGCCCUUAAGGCUCUCAAAGUAAAUGAGUCAACAUGCACACAUAUGAAGUGCACUUUUGGUGGUAUAUGGAAUGGUGGAGGGGGGGAUGGGCAGAAAAAUCUUUUUGUUGCCUCAUUUUUCUUUGACCGGGCUGCCGAGGCCGGUUUUGCUGAUCCAAACGCACCAGUUGCUAUAGUUCGUCCUGCAGAUUUUGAGGAUGCAGCUAAGCAAGCUUGUCAAACAAAACUUGGGGAUGCCAAAUCCACAUAUCCACAUAUUGAAGAUGGGAACCUUCCAUAUAUUUGCAUGGAUCUUGUAUACCAGUAUACACUGCUUGUUGAUGGGUUUGGUAUAUAUCCAUGGCAAGAGGUUACAUUGGUGAAGAAAGUUAAGUACGAUGAUGCCCUUGUUGAGGCAGCAUGGCCUCUAGGAAGCGCCAUAGAAGCUGUGUCAUCUUCGUAAGGCAACAGUUAUCUUCACUUAGAUCCCUCAUCCGAAAUCUCAGGGUAUGAGUUCUAUCACAAGGAUUUUUGCAGUGAAAUACUAUCGAUAAUCAGAAAUUACUUUCAGGCUAUAUUGAAAUUGGAUCGGGGUCUACUUUUCAGGAAUAAGGGGAGAUUAUAGUUUCAUUAUUUUUCUUAUGUAAGUAAUUCACAAAAUAUCUGAUUUGCGGCUCUGGUUGAUUCAUUCGAUUCAUUAAGUGCGUCUAAGGAACAAAAAUGGUGAUACUUGCACCAUUUCAUUUUUGUCUCUAAAUGGUUACAUUCGCAGCAAAA